UGCGCGGGGCCGCCCCAGGGCCGGGACUCUGCACUUCCUGCUGUCUGAGCUCCCAGGUCUGAAUAAUUUCAUUAUUGUUAAUAUUCCCAGGCCUACAGAAGGCAGAUAGCGGCGGCUUCCAGCAGGGAAAAGUCACCAUGAGCGGCUGAGAUUCCGGCACACAAAGGCCGCCCCCGCCUGCCUGUAGACGAUCUCCGGAGCGCUCUGAUCAGUCACCAUGUCCAGCGCCAAUUACAACUCCCAAAAUGGGGGAUCCGGGCCGUCCUACUCUAAUGGUCCGGUUCAGAACCCUUUGCUUUAUCCACCAGCUGGACAGAGUUACAGUCCAGGACUUCCUGUCUCCUAUCCACAGCAGAUGCCAGCGAAAGGGUCUCCACAAGAAGUUGCUGGACAAUACAGUUAUGGUGGUCCUCAGACUAUUUCUCAGGCUGCUCCACUGCCAGGAAAUUAUCAGGGAUCUGGACAAACUGUUAGACCACAUAUGGGACCUUCCCCAGUGGCACAUCCCCCAAAUAAUGCAUCUGCACCCAGAUCGCAACCUCCACCUCAGAACUCGUAUGGAUCUCCCACGACCGUUGGUGGCAGUGUUUCACAUGCAAGACAGUUGACACCAUCAAACUGGCAAUAUUUUCCAACACCAUUAAGUCAUGCACAAUCUCUGGCAAAUCAUGCACCAUCUACAACGGGAAUGGCCCCAGGGCCAUUGGUGGGAAAUUCAAAGCCUCCAACUACCCAGCAGUAUGGACAUCCCUUUGGAGGACCCCCUCUUCAAAACAGUUUUAUGAACCCAGGUCCUACACCACCACCAAUGAGCCAGUCUGAGCCAGUGCGGCCACAUUUAGGGCCUCCUCCCACAUCAUCCCCUUCUUUGACAACAUCCUCUGUACAGCCCACUGGUCCACCUAUCAGCGCUGCACCUGUGCCUCCUUUAAUCAGUGCUCCACCGAGAGGAGAUGGUCCUGCUUCUCAGCUCCCAACCAACGACAGCAGUUUGGUUCAAAACAGCUACGAUACCAUAGAAGGUGGCGGAUACAUGGGGAUGGUUCAUCCAGCUCAGCCUCCUCCACUGCCUCAGAAUCCUAAAAUCACCAGGAAUGCAUACCCGACGCUACCUCCAGGGUACCAGAACGCUUUUCCACCAGGAGGUCCAACUUUAACAACUGCUACUCAGCGAUAUCCUACUCCACCGCAGCCAAUGCCUCAGCCUAACAUGGGGAUGAAUAAUUUGGUAUCAUCGGUGGGAGGUCUGAGUCUUCAUCAAGCACAGCAAUUGGAUGAGCUACGAGCCGUGAACCUUCUCCAAGAGAGGAACAUAUUGCCACCAGCUCCAGUAAAGGCCCCUACACCCUGUCUACAGGAAGAUAUUCGGAAACUUAAUUGUAGUCCAGAGUUAUUUCGCUGUACCUUGACCAACAUCCCUCAAACUCAGACUCUGCUAAACAAAGCCAAGCUUCCACUAGGGCUCCUGCUGCACCCGUUCAAAGAUUUAUCGCAACUUCCUGUUGUAACUUCCAGUACUAUAGUCAGAUGCCGCUCUUGCCGCACAUACAUCAACCCUUUUGUAACCUUCUUGGACCAAAGGCGAUGGAAAUGUAACUUAUGCUACAGAGUAAAUGAUGUGCCUGAAGAAUUCAUGUACAAUCCUGUAACAAGAGCUUAUGGAGAACCACACAAAAGACCAGAGGUCCAGAAUGCCACAAUUGAAUUUAUGGCACCAUCAGAAUAUAUGCUUCGUCCUCCUCAGCCUCCAGUAUAUCUGUUCAUGUUUGAUGUGUCCCACAAUGCAAUAGAGACUGGAUAUUUGAACACUGUAUGUCAGACCUUGCUUGACAAUCUGGAAUGGCUUCCAGGCAAUACACGGACAAAAAUAGCUUUCAUUACUUAUGACAGCACGAUCCAUUUCUACAGUUUACAGGAAGGCCUGUCGCAACCCCAAAUGUUAGUGGUAUCAGACAUUGAUGAUGUAUUCAUCCCAAUGCCUGAAAAUCUCUUGGUUAACCUGAACGAGUGCAAAGAGCUGGUCCAAGAUUUGCUGAAGAACCUGCCACAAAUGUUCACAAAGUCCUCCGAAACGCAAAGUGCACUGGGACCAGCACUCCAAGCUGCCUAUAAGCUGAUAUCACCCACUGGUGGGCGUAUAUCUGUUUUCCAAACACAACUGCCAACAAUAGGAGCUGGAGCACUAAAACCUAGAGAGGAACCCAACCAAAAAUCUACUGCUAAGGAUAUCCACAAUUUGACACCAGCAACUGACUUCUACAAAAAGUUGGCCUUAGAUUGUUCAGGGCAACAGGUAGCUGUGGACCUGUUCCUUCUGAGUGGACGAUACUCUGAUUUGGCUUCUCUGGGUUGCAUUUCUAGGUAUUCAGCUGGUAGCAUUUAUCAUUAUCGUUCUUACCAUCAUCAGCACAAUCCUGUGCAAGUUGAAAAACUACAGAAGGAACUGAAGCGAUACCUGACCCGUAAGAUUGGUUUUGAGGCUGUCAUGAGAAUCCGGUGUACAAAAGGCCUCUCUAUCCAUACUUUCCAUGGAAAUUUUUUUGUACGUUCUACAGAUCUGCUGUCAUUACCCAAUGUUAAUCCUGAUGCUGGCUAUGCUGUUCAGAUGUCUGUGGAGGAGAAUUUGACAGAUACACCUUUAGUCUCAUUUCAGUCGGCUCUUCUGUAUACUUCAAGCAAAGGAGAAAGGAGGAUCCGCGUGCACACAAUGUGCCUUCCUGUUGUUUCAGCAUUGUCUGAUGUCUAUGCUGGUGCUGAUGUGCAGGCUGUGAUUGGACUGUUGGCAAAUAUGGCUGUAGACCGGUCUGUGGCUUCAAGUUUGAGUGAUGCACGAGAUGCUUUAGUUAAUGCAGCAAUUGACUCUCUUGCUGCAUAUCGCAAUUCAGUACUUACUGUACAGCAGCCUGGCCUCUUGGCACCACACUCAUUGCGUCUUUUCCCUAUGUUUGUCCUGGCUCUCUUAAGCAGGUUAAAAGCCUUUCAGACUGGUACAAAUGCAAGCUUGGAUGAGAGAACUUAUGCUAUGUGUCAGAUUAAGACACCACUUGUUUACUUUAUGCUGAUGACACAUCCCAACUUGUACAGAGUGGAUAAUUUAUCUGAUGAGGGAGAGCUUAACAUCAACGACAAGACAAUACCUCAGCCGCCAAUUCUUCAGCUGUCGGUAGAAAAGCUGAAUAGAGAUGGAGCUUAUCUUAUGGAUGCAGGGACAAUUAUGCUCCUGUGGGUAGGACGCAACAUUGGACAGAACUUCAUUACUCAAGUUCUUGGAGUUCCAAAUUACUCAGCAUUAACUCAAGACAUGACUCAGCUGCCUGAACUUAAUACACCUGAAUCCAGCAGACUGAUUGCUUUUAUCUCUAGCCUAAAAGAGCAAAGACCUUUUUUCCCAACAUUACACGUAAUCCGCUCUGAAUCUUGCUCUAAGUCAACUUUCCUGCAGAACAUGAUUGAAGACAGAACAGAAUCGGCCUUAUCAUAUUACGAGUUUCUUCUCCACCUCCAGCAGCAAGUGACCAAGUAAACCACUGCAUAGAUCAUGUGUGCAAGAGGAGAAUUCUCUCUCAGCAGUAACCCAUACACAAUGGCCCAAUUAAUUGCCACGUCUGCAAUGUUAGGUCCCUAGGCCUCAUGAUUUUAAGAUGUGGCAUACACUGUGAUUUCAACAAAAAUAAUCGAAUGAACAUAGUUUGGAACUGAGCUGUGCAAGCAGAUAUGCUGUCAUUUUAAAUGGGAUGUAAGAACACAAAAAAAAGGAUGCCUUUGUGCCAGGUGUCUGUAAGAACUGUCAAGUGAGCAAGUCAACGCACUACACAGCAGCCCUUGUUGGCAUCAUGUAGUUUCCACAAAAUAAAGGAGGCAAAGAGACCUUUAAAAAUAUAUAGCCAGAUCUUACUUUGGAAUACA